UCGGCGACUAAAGAACUUCAAAGACAACGCGCUAGUGGGUGAUCCAAAAAUAUACGUAUAUAUUUAUAUAUACCCAUCGUUAAAAGAAGAGUCUUCGAGGAGGGAAAUGAAAAAUUCCACAUCGAAACUCCAGUAAAUGAAUGCAAUGCAUUUUUCCUGGCUUGUGGUGAUUUUCCUUUGCCUGAACAAAGUGCAGGCCCAGUUUUAUGGGGACAGUGCUUACGGCUCAUCCGGUGGCCAAUCCAUCCGCCUUGGUCUUAUCACAGACGAUGCCACCGAUAGAAUCAGGCAGACCUUUGAGCACGCCAUAUCGGUGGUCAACAGUGAGCUGGGUGUUCCCUUGGUCGGUGAAACCGAACAGGUCGCCUAUGGCAACUCCGUCCAGGCCUUUGCCCAACUUUGCCGGCUGAUGCAGAGUGGGGUGGGUGCUGUUUUUGGGCCAGCUGCCAAGCACACCGCCUCUCACCUGCUAAAUGCCUGCGACUCCAAAGACAUACCAUUCAUAUACCCGCAUCUCUCUUGGGGUGCCCAUCCGGAUGGCUUCAAUCUGCAUCCAAGUCCGGAAGAUAUAGCCAACGCUCUGUACGACAUUGUCAAUCAGUUUGAGUGGUCUCGCUUUAUAUUCUGCUAUGAAUCCGCUGAGUACCUGAAUAUUUUGGACCACCUCAUGACCCUGUAUGGCAUCAAAGGACCUGUCAUUAAGGUGAUGCGCUACGAUCUCAACCUGAAUGGCAACUACAAAUCGGUCCUUAGGCGAAUCAGAAAAUCGGAGGACAGUCGCAUUGUGGUCGUGGGCUCCACAGAGGGCGUGGCCGAGCUGCUGCGUCAAGCUCAGCAGGUGGGCAUUAUGAACGAGGACUACACCUAUGUUAUAGGUAACUUGGACCUGCACACCUUCGAGCUGGAGGAGUACAAGUACAGUGAGGCCAACAACGGCAUUAGGAUGUUCUCACCCGAUCAGGAGGAAGUGCGAGAUCUGGUUGAAAAGUUGCAUCAGGAACUCGGGGAAAGUCAAGCCUUAAAUACAGGUUCCUCAUCCAUCACCAUGUCCAUGGCUCUCACCUAUGAUGCAGUGCGUGUCAUUGCGGAGACUACGAAGCAUCUUCCCUACCAACCUCAGAUGCUUAACUGUUCCGAGCGUCAUGACAAUGUUCAACCGGAUGGUUCCACCUUCAGGAACUACAUGAGAUCGUUGGAAAUCAAAGAGAAGACCAUCACAGGUCGCAUCUUUGAGGGAAAUGUGCGCAAGGGUUUCACCUUCGAUGUCAUCGAGCUGCAGUCUAGUGGAUUGGUCAAGGUCGGCACCUGGGAAGAGGGCAAGGACUUCGAGUUCGAGCGACCACCCCAAGUUGUUAACUUUAAUGACAUCGAUGACGGUUCGCUGGUCAACAAAACCUUCAAGGUUCUAAUAUCUGUUGCGACCAAACCUUAUGCCAGUCUCGUGGAGAGUAUAGACACACUAAUAGGCAACAAUCAGUACCAGGGUUAUGGAGUGGAUCUAAUAAGAUUGGCCGAUAAACUUGGCUUUAACUUCACCUUCCACGAUGGUGGAAAUGACUAUGGAUCUUUUAAUAAAACCACUAAUUCCACGACAGGAAUGCUUAAGGAAAUCGUAGAAGGGCGAGCUGAUCUGGCGAUCACUGAUCUCACCAUCACAUCGGAGCGAGAAGAAGUUAUCGAUUCCAUACCCUUUAUGAAUCUGGGCAUAGCCAUUUUAUAUGUAAAACCUCAGAAGGCUCCCCCCGCCCUUUUCUCCUUCAUGGACCCAUUUUCAUCGGAGGUGUGGCUUUACUUGGGUAUUGCCUAUGUGGGAGUCUCGCUCUGCUUCUUUAUUAUAGGUCGACUUUCGCCCAUUGAGUGGGAUAACCCCUAUCCCUGUAUUGAAGAGCCUGAAGAGCUGGAAAACCAGUUCACCAUCAACAUCCUGUGGUUCACAACGGGAGCUUUGUUGCAGCAAGGAUCUGAAAUAGCUCCCAAAGCUCUCAGCACACGUAAUUCCGCCAUUUGGUGGUUUUUCACCUUAAUUAUGGUUUCAUCUUACACUGCCAACUUGGCUGCCUUCUUGACCAUCGAGAAUCCCACCAGUCCCAUCAACAGUGUUGAAGACUUGGCUGAGAAUAAAGACGAUGUUCAGUAUGGAGCUAAACGUACAGGAUCCACCAGGAACUUCUUUUUGACAUCGGAGGAUCCUACCUAUAUGAAAAUGAACGAAUACAUGAUGGCUCAUCCAGAAAUGCUGAUGGACAACAAUCAGGAUGGAGUGGACAAAGUGAAGGCGGGCACCAAGUACGCUUUUCUGAUGGAAUCCACCUCCAUUGAAUUUAACACGGUUAGGGAGUGCAAUCUGACCAAGGUGGGGGAUCCGCUGGAUGAGAAGGGUUACGGAAUAGCAAUGGUAAAAGUGGAUUGGCCCUAUCGCGAUAAGUUCAACAAUGCCCUGCUGGAGUUGCAGGAGCAGGGUGUCUUGGCCAGGUUGAAGAACAAGUGGUGGAACGAAGUUGGGGCCGGUGUUUGCAGUGCAAAAAGCGAUAAUGAUGGUCCUUCGGAGUUGGGCGUGGACAAUCUGAGUGGCAUUUACGUCGUCUUGGUCAUCGGAUCCCUCUUUUCCAUGCUGGUCUCCAUUUUAUAUUGGUGCUACUUUGUUUUCAGGAAAGCUAAAUUCUAUGCGGUUCCGUUUUGCGAUGCCCUCGCUGAGGAAUUCAAAAUUGUCAUCAGCUUUUCAGAAAAUGAAAGAGCCCUAAAAAGCGCCCAGUCAGUUUAUUCCCGCACGAAUUCAUCUCAGUCGAUAGAGUCCCUAAAAACGGAUUCUGAGGAGAAUAUGCCGGAUGAGGAUUAGGAUGAGAAUUUUUUCUAUAUUCUCUCCAAAGUUUCGAAAAAGCUUUUUGAAAAUUUCACUCAAAACGAUUUCCAUUUGACAUUUUGGAAGCAAACGUCAGUUGUGGCUUUUUCUCGAAGUGUUCGGUUGGAAAAGCACAGAUAUUUAUUUUUUAAUAUAAUAUAUA